AUGGAUGGAGGAGAAACUUACGGCAUUGCGGAGAACCUCGUCAGAGCCUUUCUGCAGGAGCAACUCGGCAUCCCGGGGGAAGAAGUUAAGAGGAUCCAGAUGGAGCGACCACACAGGAUUGGCAGACGCAAGGAGGAUGCUAAACCGAGACCUAUGCUUGUAAAGUUUACUAACUCCAAAUGCAAAGACGAAAUGCUUGCUCUCUCCAGAAGACUGAAAGGUACUAAAUUCUUCAUGACCAGCCAAUAUCCAAUCGAGGUGGUGGAGAAACGACCUAAAAAGGCACGGACGGAGGAGGAGGAGGAGGAGGAGGAGGAGGAGGGGGGUCGCGAUGCGAAUGCUGCGAAACCCAAACCGACCAGCGCUGGAACUGGGGGGAGAAAGUUUCAGACGAAGUGGCUAUACGACGAUGCAGGGAAAAAACGCGACUGGCUGACUGUCAAGAACAACAUCAUGUUUUGCACUGUGUGCACAACUUUUGGAAAGGACAAAAAAAGUCAGGCGAGUCACUUUGUUGUGGGCUGCUCCUCGAUGAAAGUUGAAAGUAUAAUAUCACAUGAAGGCACUCGCAACCACGACAAAAAUAUGAAAAUAAAGCAAGCCAAGUCUGCCCCACUCCAUGAAGCGCCCUCGGUGCAAGUUCUCACUAAACUCUCGGACGUAAACACCCAGAAGAUGAAGCUUCUUUUCCGAAAUGCGCACGCCAUCGCCAAGAAAGGUCGACCCAUCACCGACUACGUCUGGCAAUGCAGCUUGGAUGAGAAAAAGGGGCUGUCCGUGGGCAAAACCUACAGGAACCGCGAGACCGGCAAGCUCUUUGUAAAGUACAUUGCCAAGGCAGCAGUGUUUUGGCAUUUGGCGAGUAAAAAAUAUGGUUGGCGAGUAUGUUUUUUCACCUACUAGCCACUUGGCGAGUUGGUCAAAAAGUUAGUUUGCACCCCUGAUCACCUUAUUUACGAAAUAUGUCUAUGUUUCAGUUUGUC